AUGGGCCAAUCUGUGUCGUUCCAGAAGGACUCGGGUUCGGGGGAGAAAGAGGAAGAGAAAGCAGCCUCUGCGAUCUCCGCGUAUGGCGGAUACGAAAAGAUACAGAUUGAGGGCGGAGAUAAACAGUUCCAGAGCAAUGAACUUGGAAAGUCGGAACCGACGACGACCGUCCAGGUCACGCAGCAGAUCGGAGGGCUCUCGCUCUCCGGUAAUGCCCGUAUCAGCGGCGGGAUCGUUGCUGGUGGGGACGUCCAUACAAACGUGAUUGUCCAGCUACCCGACAAGGCGGCGAUUGCUGCGCAAGAACGGGCGCGGCUGAAGGAAGAGAGGGAGAAAGAGGCACAGGCUCGUGCACGCCUUUUGAAGGAGCUGCUGGACUGGUUGGCACCCAACGCCCGCUUUAGGGCGGCGCAGAGCGCGAAUUUGGAGAAAUGUGCUGAUGGAACUCUGUCGUGGUUUAUCGCGGCUGAGCUGUACCAGUCGUGGAAGAAGGGAAGGAAUCGUAUCAUAUGGGGUACUGGAAUCCCGGGGGCGGGGAAAACUGUACUCGCUUCCAGAGCUAUACACGACCUCGAGGAGUACAGUAGCUCAGUCAGGGGCAAAGUCUGUGUCAUCUUUGCCUACUGCCGCUACUCCGAGCCUCUUACAGUGAAGGAGAUCCUCGAGGCUCUCGUCAAGCAGUUCCUGGAAUGUGAUCCCUCCCUAGCAAGCAUCGUCGAACCCAUCUUCUCGCGCUACAAGGGAGGCGAAACACGACCAACGCAGGCUGAGCUUCUAGACCUAUUGCAACAGCUGGAAAGCCACUUCGAAAUCGUAUUCUACGUGAUCGACGGUUUAGAUGAAGCUGUAGCGGAGACCCAGUUCGACCUCAUCCAUGCUAUUAACCGACUUCGAGGACGUUUCGCGUUGACUUCCCGGCCGAUAAGGAGGCUUGAGCUGGGCCUGCCUACGACCAAAUUCUACCGCGUUGUCCCUGAUUCGUCGGAUAUUGUCCGUUUUGUCGAGCAGAAGAUCGAUAGAGUUCCGGGAUUUGGAGAACUCUUGGACAAGUAUGGCCUGCGGCAGGAGCUGAUACGGAGGAUACAGAACAAGUCGAGUGGAAUGUUCCUGCAUGCAGCUCUACAGAUUGAAAUAGUCAAUCAAUGCUUGACGAUUGCUUGCGUGGAGAAAAACCUCGAACGCUUCCCACCAGGGCUCGAGGGCAUGUAUCAUCAAGCCAUGGCACGCAUCAAUAGGCAGACUCCCCCUGACAAUGUGGCGCUUGCGAAACAUGUGCUGUUGUGGGUCGUGUUUGCACACGAAGCCUUGACCUUACCCCUCCUCUACCGCCUCUUACCCUUAACCUACGAAGGUGUCUUCUCGACCGACGACGAUUCCUCUCCCGAAAGAGCACUGAUUCAUCCGGGCUCUCUCGUGUCGGUUUGUUGCGGGUUGGUUCGUAUCGAGACGGCGACAAACUUUGUCCGCCUCGUCCACUUUACAGCAAAGGACGUGCUCACCCCCGUCUUGAUGUACGACCUCUCAACUCCCCACGGACUGUUGUUCCAGGCGACUUCCAGACAGCUUGUCGACUACGGCAUAGUCAACAGCCAGACGCUAAGAAACGCCGAAGAUCUAAAUAGCCUGCUCAAGCAGAAUCCGGCUCUCGAGUAUUCUUACAAGCACUGGGCAUAUCACGCGAAGGAGAGUGCAUCGGAAUCCGACACUCUUGCCGCAGAGGUCUUCGAUUUCCUUACACUUUGCAACUCGUACCCGGUGGAGACUGGGGACGAUCUCGAACUGUUCUCCCCUCUCCAUGUUGCGGCGAGAUAUGGUCUCCACGCCUUCAUUGACCAACUCGCGACCGACGUAGCCAAGGGAGAUGUGACGGCAAGAACUGUGGGUGGUUGGAAGGCAACACCACUCAUCGUUGCGGCGAGGUAUGGCCAGGUCGAGGCCAUCGACGCGCUGCUCAAACUCAGUCGCCUGACCAUGCUCAAGUCUGUUCUCGGUGGUCACAGCAAGCCCGGUAGACACCUGAUUAUUGGCCAAAUCAAUCUUCGCGAUGCAGACGGAAAGACGGCGCUGAUCCACGCCUCAAACUACUCUCACUGCGAUGCUGUUAAGCGUUUGGUUCAGCACCCCGACGUUGACGUCAACGCGCGAUGCAGCUCUGGCUGGACUGCGCUUGACAUCGCAAAUUGGGCGGAGACGUACGACCAUCUCCUUGCCCAUAAGGAUAUUCAGUUGAACUUCAAGGACGACUGGGGCGAAACGUUGCUGAUGAGGCUAGUGCCUCUUUGGGGAACGGAGGACCUCGUGGGACGCUUGCUCCAGCACCCGAACAUCAACGUGAACCUGACUUCGAAGAAGGGUCUGACGGCGCUGAUGUUGGCAGCGGAUGCUGGGCGUGCGGGGGCUCUCCGACUGCUCCUUCGUCACAAGGAUAUCCAGCCCAAUCUUGAAAACCCGGGUGGGUGGACGGCGCUGUUGAUGGCUGCUCAGAAGGGACACGAGGCUGCUGUGGAAGCGUUGCUCCAGGACGGUGCGGUGGACGUCAACUUUGCUGUCCAGGGGAGUGGGUAUACGGCCCUUAUGCUGGCCAAGGCGCCUGCGGUCGUGUCGCUCCUGUUGAAGCGGAAAGAUAUCAGGACGGAUUUAAAGAACAACGAGGGGUAUACUGCUCUCGCACAGACUAGGCGCUAUCCUUGGCACGAGAAGGAGCGUAGUGAUCAGUUGGCCAAAAUUGCGUUGUUGGAGGAGUUUGAAAGCAGCAAGGGUAGUGACUAG